AUGCAGUCCUUCUUUAUUUUCGCACUCCUUUCGCUUAUUUCUGCCAGCGAGGCCGUCGCCGUCCACUAUUGUCCUUUGCCUGCACCCACAACUGAGGCUGCGGUUUCGACGAACCAUGGAACUCAUGUUCUUCCGCCGAGCAACAAGCCAGCUACACGUGGCCACUCCGGCAGCGAGUGUAAGCAUGGUAAGUGUUCUGUAGUUUCAGUGCCUGGUUCGGUCGCUCCCGCUGGCUCUGGCUCUGUCGCUCCUGUUGGCUCUGGCUCUGUCGCUCCUGUUGGUUCUGGCACCGUCGCUCCUGUUGGUUCUGGCACCGUCGCUCCUGUUGGUUCCGGCUCUGUCCCUCCUGUCGGCUCUGGCUCUGGCUCUGUCGCUUCUGUUGGCUCUGGCUCUGUCGCUCCUGUUGGCUCUGGCACCGUCGCUCCCGUUGGCUCUGGCACCGUCGCUCCUGUUGGUUCCGGCUCUGUCGCUCCUGUUGGUUCCGGCUCUGUCGCUCCUGUUGGCUCUGGCACCGUCGCUCCCGUUGGUUCUGGCACUGUCUCGACCUCCGACCAUGCCACUACCUCCCUCUUUGCCACUGGCUCUAUCCCUGGCGCUCCCUCCGCCUCUCACCGUGCCUCCGUCUCUAGCUCCGCUAAUGCCGCUGGCUCUGUCGAUGCCACUGGCUCAGGUGUAUCUUCUGCCCCCGCCUCUAGCUCCGCCAGUGCCGCUGGUUCCGUCGAUGCCACUGGCUCCGGUGUAUCCUCUGCAAGUGCUACUUCAUCGGCUUCCACCGCUUCUGUCAGCUCGAAAUCAGCUUCGAAGACCUCUUCUAGCUUCCAAUCAGUUUCGAAGAGCUCUUCUAGCACUGUAACCAGCGCUCCCAGUGUUGUUACUAGUGCCCCCGCUCCUCCUGCGUCCACCACCCAAGCUCUCGACGCCUUUGCCCAAUCGAUGUUGAGUUACCACAACGAUGUGCGUGCGAUUCAUCAAGUUGGUCCCCUGGAGUGGGAUCAGACUCUUGCUGAUUUUGCCGCGCAGGCGAUUGCCAAUGAUGCUCCCACCUGCAACUUCGAGCAUACCGGUGGCCCUUACGGUGAAAACAUCGCUAUUGGCUACGGCGAUGUUUACAAGGGCAUGCACGUCUGGUACGCUGAAGGCACCAAGUACAACUACUCGGACCCUCACUUCUCCGGCGAGACUGGCCACUUCACCCAGAUGGUCUGGAAGAGCUCCCAAAAGCUUGGUUGUGCCCACGGUCAAUGCGCCAAUAACGGCCCCCUGCUUGUUUUCUGCGAGUACGACCCCCGUGGCAACAUCUAUCAGUCGAUGGGUGACAAUGUUUUCCCUCCCAAAUAA